AUGGCGCGGUUCUUUUCUAGGAAGCGCGGCGACGACGAGGCCGAGAAGACAGCAACAACUCCUCCACAGGAAGUGCGACAGGAGGAGGCCCGCGUCGAUGAAGACGCCGGCGCAGAAGAUGACCUGCAUCGGGGAAUGAAGCCCCGGCAGCUGAACAUGAUGGCGAUCGCUGGUGCGAUUGGAACUGGUCUCGUUCUCGGUACGGGAACAUCGCUCAAGCUCGGCCCGGGGUCUCUCCUAAUCGGAUACGCCAUUAUGGGAUUCGUCGUCUACGUGGUCAUGGUCGCGCUCGGUGAGAUGGGCGCCUUCCUCCCGCACAAGAAGAGCUUCUCCGGAUACGCCUCGCGGUUUGUCGACCCGGCCAUGGGCUUUGCGACGGGCUGGAACUACUUCUUUAAAUAUGUCAUCGUGCUACCGAACAAUUUGACUGCGACGGGUAUUCUGCUACAGAAAUGGCGACCAGAUAUAAACGUCUCAGUUUGGAUUGUGGUCUUUGGCGUGUGCAUUAUCGCGCUUAAUAUGAUUCACGUCUCCUUCUUUGGCGAAGCCGAGUUCUGGAUGUCGCUGAUCAAAGCGCUCGUCAUUGUCAUGCUCAUCCUUCUCUGCUUCAUCAUCGCGCUCGGCGGUGGCCCGAACCACGUCCGCACCGGCUUCUGGUUCUGGAAAGACCCAGGCGCCUUCGCCCAAUACACGACUAGCGUUGGCGGCGUGACGACCGUCAUCGGAGGUGAAACUGGCCGCUUCUUGGGCGUGUGGGCGUGCUUGGUCCAGGCCACGUUCGCUUACCUUGGUACCGAGCUGGUUGGUGUGGCCUUCGGCGAGACCCCGAACCCGCGCAAGAACGUGCCGCGCGCUGUCAACCAAACGCUGCUCCGUAUUGUGUUCUUCUACAUCGCCGGUGUGUUGGUGCUCGGCAUGGCAGUGCCUUACAACAGCAAAGAGUUGCUCGACGCUACCUCCAAGGGCACUAGCGGAUUGGCGUCCCCCUUCGUUGUCGCCGCUCAAGUCGCCGGUGUCAGCCAUCUAGACGAUGCCGUCAAUGGCCUGCUCCUCAUCUUCACCAUCAGUGCCGCGAAUUCGGACGUAUACCUCGCCUCGCGCACAGUCUGGGCUCUCGGCAAGGACGGCCAGUCGCCGCACAUCAUGCAGCGCACCAACCGGAACGGCGUGCCCGUCCCCGCUGUCGCGCUGUCCUCCCUCUUCAUCGCGCUGGGCUUCAUGAACGCCACCAAGUCGUCGGCAACGGUCUUUGGCUACUUCGUCUCGCUGGUCACCGUUUUUGGCGCUCUCAACUGGAUCGCCGUGCUGGUCAGCUACCUAGCCAUGAUGCGCGGAAUGAAGGCACAGGGGAUCCCCCGCGAGGUGAUGCCGUACCGGAAUAUCUUGCUGCCGUGGGGCGCGUACAUUGCGCUGGCCGUUACGGCGCUUGUCAUCAUCUUCAGCGGAUAUUCGGCUUUCAUCCCGCACUUCCAGGUUGACAAGUUCUUGACGGCGUACAUCGGCAUUCCGGUCUAUAUUAUUAAUGUGUUGUGGUGGAAGCUUGUCAAGAAGACAAAGAGGGUCAAGGCGUCCGAGAUGGACUUGGUCACGGGGAGGAGAGAGUGGGAUUAA